AUGGCUUCAUCAAACUUCUUAUAUUUCUCCCUUGCUCUACUAAUCAUUACACUCUAUGCCAUACCAAAUUUUGCUUCUGCUACUCUGAAGGAAGCCAAUGAUCUUCUUAAAUGGAAAGCAAGCCUUGAAAUCCCAAACAACUCCUUUCUCUCUUCAUGGCUUCCCCUCCAUAUGAAUUCCAAUGCAUCAUUUCCAUGCAGUUCUUGGUUUGGAGUGGUUUGCAAUGCUGAUGGGAGCAUUCAGAGGCUAAGCCUCAGUUCAUAUGGCUUAAAUGGUACGCUUCAUCAGUUUUCAUUCUCAUUGCUACCCGGUCUUACUCAUUUUGAUCUCAGUAACAACUUCUCUGGCCCCAUCCCAUCAGAAAUCCGACUCCUGACCAAACUUCUAUAUCUGAAAUUUUCAUUGAAUAAGUUUUCUGGAGUAAUUCCUUCAUCAUUGGGUAAUUUAACAUCUUUGAAUGUCCUUUCUUUGCACCACAAUCAAUUCUCUGGUCCCAUUCCUAUUGAACUUGAGAACAUGAAAUCUCUCAAUACACUUUCCAUAAGCUACAAUCAACUUAGAGGUUCUAUUCCAUUAUCUCUAGCAAUCCUGAGUAACCUACAGGUUCUGCACCUAGGUGUGAAUAAAUUAUCUGGUCCCAUUCCUACUGAACUUGGGAAUUUGAAGUCUCUCACUGAUCUUCAGGUGAGCCACAAUCAGCUUAAUUGUUCCAUUCCUUCAUCAUUGGGUGAUUUGAUAUCUUUGAAUGUCCUUUAUUUGCACCACAAUCAACUCUCUGGUCCCAUUCCUAUUGAACUUGGGAAUUUGAAGUAUCUCACUAAUCUUCGGGUGAGCAACAAUCAACUUAAUGGUUCCAUUCCUUCAUCAUUGGGUGAUUUGACAUCAUUAAAUAUCCUUUAUUUAGAUGAAAAUCAACUCUCUGGUCCCAUUCCUAUUGAACUUGGGAAUUUGAAGUCUCUCACUGAUCUUGAGGUGGGCAACAAUCUACUUAAUGGUUGCAUUCCUUCAUCAUUGGGUGAUUUGACAUCCUUGAAUGUCCUUUAUUUGUACUACAAUAAACUCUCUGGUCCCAUUCCUAUUGAACUUGGGAAUUUGAAGUCUCUCACUGAUCUUGUGGUGAGCAACAAUCAGCUUAAUGGUUCCAUUCCUUCAUCAUUGGGUGAUUUGACAUCUUUAAAUAUCCUUUAUUUAGACGAAAAUCAACUCUCUGGUCCCAUUCCUAUUGAACUUGGGAAUUUGAAGUCUCUCACUGAUCUUGAGGUGGGUAACAAUCUACUUAAUGGUUGCAUUCCUUCAUCAUUCGGUGAUUUAACAUCCUUGAAUGUCCUUUAUUUGUACUACAAUAAACUCUUUGGUCCCAUUCCUAUUGAACUUGGGAAUUUGAAGUCUCUCACUGAUCUUGUGGUGAGCAACAAUCAGCUUAAUGGUUCCAUUCCUUCAUCAUUGGGUGAUUUGACAUCUUUGAAUGUCCUUUAUUUGCACCACAAUGAACUCUCUGGUCCCAUUCCUAUUGAACUUGGGAAUUUGAAGUCUCUUACUGAUCUUGAGGUGGGCAACAAUCUACUUAAUGGUUGCAUUCCUUCAUCAUUGGGUGAUUUGACAUCCUUGAAUGUCCUUUAUUUGUACUACAAUAAACUCUCUGGUCCCAUUCCUAUUGAACUUGGGAAUUUGAAGUCUCUCACUGAUCUUGUGGUGAGCAACAAUCAGCUUAAUGGUUCCAUUCCUUCAUCAUUGGGUGAUUUGACAUCUUUGAAUGUCCUUUAUUUGCACCACAAUGAACUCUCUGGUCCCAUUCCUAUUGAACUUGGGAAUUUGAAGUCUCUUACUGAUCUUGAGGUGGGCAACAAUCUACUUAAUGGUUGCAUUCCUUCAUCAUUGGGUGAUUUGACAUCCUUGAAUGUCCUUUAUUUGUACUACAAUAAACUCUCUGGUCCCAUUCCUAUUGAACUUGGGAAUUUGAAGUCUCUCACUGAUCUUGUGGUGAGCAACAAUCAGCUUAAUGGUUCCAUUCCUUCAUCAUUGGGUGAUUUGACAUCUUUAAAUAUCCUUUAUUUAGACGAAAAUCAACUCUCUGGUCCCAUUCCUAUUGAACUUGGGAAUUUGAAGUCUCUCACUGAUCUUGAGGUGGGCAACAAUCUACUUAAUGGUUGCAUUCCUUCAUCAUUGUAUCUCACUGAUCUUGUGGUGAGCAACAAUCAGCUUAAUGGUUCCAUUCCUUCAUCAUUGGGUGAUUUGACAUCAUUAAAUAUCCUUUAUUUAGACGAAAAUCAACUCUCUGGUCCCAUUCCUAUUGAACUUGGGAAUUUGAAGUCUCUCACUGAUCUUGAGGUGGGCAACAAUCUACUUAAUGGUUGCAUUCCUUCAUCAUUGGGUGAUUUGACAUCCUUGAAUGUCCUUUAUUUGUACUACAAUAAACUCUCUGGUCCCAUUCCUAUUGAACUUGGGAAUUUGAAGUCUCUCACUGAUCUUGUGGUGAGCAACAAUCAGCUUAAUGGUUCCAUUCCUUCAUCAUUGGGUGAUUUGACAUCUUUAAAUAUCCUUUAUUUAGACGAAAAUCAACUCUCUGGUCCCAUUCCUAUUGAACUUGGGAAUUUGAAGUCUCUCACUGAUCUUCAGGUGAGCCGCAAUCAGCUUAAUUGUGCCAUUCCUUCAUCAUUGGGUGAUUUGACAUCCUUGAAUGUCCUUUAUUUGUACUACAAUAAACUCUCUGGUCCCAUUCCUAUUGAACUUGGGAAUUUGAAGUCUCUCACUGAUCUUGUGGUGAGCAACAAUCAGCUUAAUGGUUCCAUUGUUUCAUCAUUGGGUGAUUUGACAUCUUUAAAUAUCCUUUAUUUAGACGAAAAUCAACUCUCUGGUCCCAUUCCUAUUGAACUUGGGAAUUUGAAGUCUCUUACUGAUCUUGAGGUGGGCAACAAUCUACUUAAUGGUUGCAUUCCUUCAUCAUUGGGUGAUUUGACAUCCUUGAAUGUCCUUUAUUUGUACUACAAUAAACUCUCUGGUCCCAUUCCUAUUGAACUUGGGAAUUUGAAGUCUCUCACUGAUCUUGUGGUGAGCAACAAUCAGCUUAAUGGUUCCAUUCCUUCAUCAUUGGGUGAUUUGACAUCUUUGAAUGUCCUUUAUUUGCACCACAAUGAACUCUCUGGUCCCAUUCCUAUUGAACUUGGGAAUUUGAAGUCUCUUACUAAUCUUGCUUUGAGUGACAAUCAACUUAGUGGUUCUAUUCCUUCAUCACUAGGAAACCUCAGCAAGCUACAGACUCUGUACCUUCACACGAAUAAAUUAUUUGGUUCGAUUCCACUAGGAUUGGGAAGUCUAGAGACACUUGAGCUGUCAAAUAACCAUUUUUCUGGCCAUUUACCAGAAGAUUUGUGCCAUGGGGGAAAGCUUCAAAUGUUACUAUUAGAAGGUAAUCAACUCACUGGGCCUAUUUCAAGAGGCUUACGGAAUUGUCCCAGCUUACUUAGGGCUCGUUUUGACCAAAAUCAAUUCAUUGGAGAUAUAUCCAAUAGCUUUGGUAUCUAUCCACGCUUAAACUUUCUUGAUAUCAGUCACAAUUAUUUUCACGGGCAACUUUCUCAAAACUGGAGUAAAUGCAAGAAUUUGACAGCAUUAGUGAUGGCCUAUAACAACAUCAGUGGUAGCAUACCACCAGAGUUUGGAAAUUCAACUCAACUACAAAGGCUUGAUCUUUCUUCCAAUCAUCUGGUAGGUGAAAUCCCAAAGGAGUUCGGGAAGAUGAAAAGUAUGCUGAAUUUAUCCUUGGCUAAUAACCAACUUUCAGGUAUUAUACCUCCAGAGCUCGGAUUUUUAGAAUUCCUUGAAGUACUUGAUCUAUCUGCAAAUAGAUUGAUUGGGUCAAUACCAAGAAGUAUUAGUCAAUGGGAACAUAUCCACUACUUGAAUCUUAGUAAUAACAUGCUCGGUGACAAAAUUCCAUCUGAGAUUGGCAAAUUAGUUCAACUUACAGAAGUUGAUUUAUCUCAGAAUUUGAAUUUGCUCACUGAAGAGAUACCAUCUGAAGUUGAAAGUUUGAAAAAUCUACAAAAGUUGAAUCUUUCUCACAAUAGACUGUUUGGUUCCAUUCCUAACGCUUUUACAAGUUUACCCAGUGGGAUUGACAUCGACCUGUCCAACAAUGAGCUCACAGGUCCAGUUCCCCCUUCCUCUAACUUUGUCAACGCUUCCUUACAAGGCAAUCCAGGUUUUUGUGGAAAUUUUACAGGACUAAAAUUCUGUGCAAGUCAAAUCAUGAAGAAGAAAAAUGAUCCCUUUCAUCAUCAACUCAUCCUUGUAAUUAUGCUCCCUCUUAUCGGGGCAAUUUUACUUGGUUUUUUCAUGUGUGGCCUCAUUGUUUAUCGAAAACAAAAGAGACAUUCUCCACAGAAACCAUUGGAUAAUGAAGGUGGUGAUUAUUUCUCCAUAACAAGUUUUGAUGGAGGAGUAGUGUAUGAUGAUAUCUUGAAAGCAACGAACAAUUUUGAUGAAGCAUACUCGAUCGGGACCGGAGGAUAUGGGACUGUGUACAAAGCCGAGCUGCAACCUAAAAAUGUGGUAGCCGUCAAGAAGCUUCACUCAUCAGCUGAGAAUGUUGAUCAUAAUGGAUUCCUUAACGAGAUACGAGCAUUAACGAACAUAAAGCAUCGAAACAUAGUGAAACUUUAUGGAUAUUGCUCACAUGCCCACCACUCCUUUUUGAUUUAUGAAUACCUUGAAAAGGGAAGCCUUGGAUCAAUCUUAAGGAGCGAUGUCUUAGCAAAAGAAUUGGAUUGGUUGACAAGGGUCAAUAUUGUAAAGGCUAUAGCUAAUGGUUUGGCUUAUAUGCAUCACGACUGCUCACCUCCUAUAAUUCAUAGAGACAUUUCCAUCAACAACAUCCUUCUUGAUUCCGAUUAUGAGGCGCAUAUUUCUGAUUUUGGCACAUCCAAGCUUUUAAAGCUAGACUCAUCCAAUUGGACCGCAAUUGCUGGGACCUAUGGUUGUAUCGCACCAGAGCUUGCUUAUACAAUGGUGGCAACCGAGAAAUGUGAUGUGUAUAGCUUUGGGAUUGUUGCACUAGAAGUGAUCAUGGGAAAGCAUCCUGGUGAACUGCCAACAUUGUCUGCUGAUUAUCUGGUGUUGGCAAAUGUUGGAGAUAGUCGCAUUCCACUUCCUUCACCACAAGUUGAGAAACAAGUAAAUUUGGCAUUCAUUCUCGCAAGAGCAUGUUUGAACUCAAAUCCAAAAGAAAGGCCAACAAUGCACCAAGUUUCAAAUCAGUUCAUGAAGGAUCUGCUUUGAAUUGACAUCUCUGGUUGCGUGAUCCUGUGUACUUCUCAUGUUUAUUUUUCUUAAGUUUCCUAUGAUGCAUCUAGAAUAUAUGUAUUAGUUUGAAUGCCUAAUGGGUAAAAAAAAUUUCAUAUGUUUUAUAGCACCAUGUAGUAUAACUAUAAUGUGGAGACCUGUAUACUGUGUAUGUGAUCGUUCUUGAGCAAAGAAUAUAAGAAUAAUUGCAUCAAAA